CAUCACGUGUUGUUGCUUUGACUGUCCUGACCGCUAGCUGAUGUGAGAAUUAAAAAAAUAAUCGCUCAGUUUUGCGACAGCUUGAACUAAUAUGUUGACCUAGUAUGUAUAUACAUCGAUAUAUUUUUUUAACAUGUUUGCGCUGAGAUAGUAAGCGGUUCCCUCUUUUAUUUCAUUUUUAUUUUAUUUUAAAAAAGCCUGUAAACGAAAAUUAGUGCUGCUAUUCUGGAGCAGUUAGUCAAGAUGGACACCGCCGAAGAAGCUGACAUUUGUCGAGUAUGUCGGUCAGAGGGAACCCAGGACAAGCCUCUCUACCAUCCUUGUGUUUGCACUGGCAGCAUCAAAUUUAUCCAUCAGGAGUGUUUACUGCAGUGGCUAAAGCAUAGCAGAAAAGAAUACUGUGAAUUAUGCAAACACAGGUUUGCAUUUACACCAAUCUACUCUCCAGACAUGCCAUCCCGUUUGCCUGUCCAGGACAUCUUUGCAGGGCUGGUCACCAGUAUCGGAACUGCCAUCAGAUAUUGGUUUCACUACACACUGGUUGCCUUUGCUUGGCUAGGUGUGGUUCCUCUCACAGCAUGUCGUAUCUACAAAUGUUUAUUUACUGGCUCUGUGAGCUCACUUCUUACCCUGCCUUUAGACAUGCUGUCAACACAGAACCUGCUCGCUGACUGCCUCCAGGGCUGUUUUGUGGUCACAUGCACACUGUGUGCCUUCAUCAGCCUUGUGUGGCUCAGAGAGCAGAUUGUCCAUGGUGGCGCCCCCCAGUGGUUAGAGCAGAUCCCACCCCCCCUCGUUCCGAACCAGCCGAACGGCCCCGCGGCGGCUAACGAGGAUGCUGGUGCUAACGCGGCCGAUGACGGGCAGGCAGCAGCCGCCGAGCCGCCUCCUGCAGACCCAGAUCCAGACGGACGGCCCGGCGACCCACACGCAGCUGGCAACCACAGAGAAGAAGCCGAGCUGGACGAUGACGACGGAGACGAUAAUGGAGAAGAUGAGGAUGACGAAGAAGAAGAGGAAGACGGCAGGGAGGAUGGUGCUGAUGCCAACAAUGGAGGGCAAGAAGAUUUGAACUGGAAUGCUUUAGAGUGGGACCGAGCAGCAGAAGAACUGACCUGGGAAAGAAUGCUGGGACUGGAUGGCUCUUUAGUUUUCCUGGAGCAUGUCUUCUGGGUGGUAUCUCUCAACACACUCUUCAUCUUGGUUUUUGCGUUUUGUCCAUAUCACAUUGGCCAUUUCUCAGUAGUUGGACUGGGUUUUGAAGACUAUAUCAAAGCUUCUCAUUUCGACGGCCUCAUCACUACGAUACUGGGAUACAUCCUUCUAGCCGGAGCCCUGAUUGCCUGCCACGCUCUGGCAUCUUUAGUGAAGUUCCAGCGGUCCAGACGCCUGCUGGGGGUCUGCUACAUUGUCGUGAAGGUCUCCUUGCUGGUUGUCAUGGAGAUAGGCUUGUUUCCACUCAUUUGUGGUUGGUGGCUGGACAUUUGUUCUCUGGAGAUGUUUGAUGCCUCUCUUAAAGACAGAGAGCAGAGCUUCGACUCGGCUCCUGGCACCACCAUGUUCCUCCACUGGCUGGUUGGCAUGGUGUACGUCUUCUACUUUGCUUCCUUUAUCCUUUUGCUCCGAGAGGUUCUCCGGCCUGGCGUUCUGUGGUUUUUGAGAAACCUAAACGAUCCAGACUUCAAUCCCGUGCAGGAAAUGAUCCACCUACCCAUCUACCGCCACCUACGCAGAUUCGUGCUCUCUGUGGUUGUGUUUGGAUCCAUCGUCCUGUUGAUGCUUUGGCUUCCAAUCAGGAUCAUCAAACUGCUUUUCCCAACCUUCCUUCCGUACAACGUAAUGCUGUACAGCGAUGCCCCGGUCAGCGAGCUGUCCCUGGAGCUGCUGCUGCUGCAGGUGGUCCUGCCAGCGCUGCUGGAGCAGGGCCACACUCGCCAGUGGCUCAAGCGCCUCGUCCACGCUUGGACGUACACGGCCGGAUACGCGCUUGACCUUCACUCGUAUUUGCUGGGGGAUCACGAAGAGGAGGAGAACCAACCAAACAACAUUCCCGAUCGCCAGAACAACAAUCGGUUCCCCGGUCUGGGAGAAGGGCUCCAUGCUGCCCACCAGGCCAUCUUACAGCAGGGUGGGCCCGUGGGGUUCCAGCCGUACCACCGGCCCCCCAACUUUCCCCUUAAGAUUGUUCUGCUUGUUGUCUUCAUGUGUGUGACUCUGUUACUAGCAAGUCUCAUCUGUCUCACACUGCCAGUGUUUGUGGGCCGCUGGUUGAUGUCUCUCUGGAUGGGCAGUGCGCUGGUUCAUGAGCUGUACACAGCAGCCAGCGGCCUGUACGUCUGCUGGCUGUCCAUUCGAGCGGCCACGGUGCUGCUGUCCUGGAUGCCUCAGGGCCGGACCGUCAUCAUGCUCAAAGUGCAUGAGUGGACGCUCAUGAUCAUCAAGACAGUAGUGAUUGCUGUGAUGCUGGCUGGGGUCAUUCCUUUGCUCCUGGGUCUGCUGUUCGAGUUGGUUGUUGUCGUUCCUCUCCGAGUCCCUCUGGACCAAACGCCUCUUUUCUACCCCUGGCAGGACUGGGCCUUGGGAGUUCUUCAUGCCAAAAUCAUUGCAGCCAUAACACUGAUGGGCCCUCAGUGGUGGCUCAAAACUGUCAUUGAGCAGGUGUACGCCAACGGCAUCAGGAACAUCGACCUGCACUACAUCGUGCGAAGGUUGGCAGCCCCGGUCAUUUGUGUCCUUCUGCUAUCCCUCUGUGUGCCGUACACCAUCUCUAAAGGCAUUACACCACUGCUGGGAGUGCAGCCAGAGAUGCAGACACUGGUGGAGAGGAGAAUCUACCCGUUCCUGCUGAUGGUGGUCGUCCUGUUGGCCAUCCUGUCCUUUCAGAUCCGCCAGUUCAAACGCCUCUAUGAGCACAUCAAAAACGAUAAAUACCUGGUCGGGCAGCGACUGGUCAACUACGAGAGGAAGGCGGGCCGGAGCACACCCACGCCUGCUUUCAACCCCCCCUCAUAGACUACGACGACAUUUAUGGAUGAAUCUUUAAUUCCAGCUCAUUCAUUUUAUUCAACCUUUUUAUUUUUUCCUUUACUUCUGGAAUCAAAGCAUCUGAAAGAGAAAAGAGAAAACAUUUAGUGAAGUUUUAACUGGAAAGAUUUGACCUGUGUGACUUAAACCUGGCAGCAGAACAAACGUAGUGAGUGCACUUCCUGGUUAGCAAGCCUUUUUCCUCCCAGCCCAGCUGAUAUUUCACUUUUUGUUUUAUUACGCUUUGGUAAAUGUCAGCUAAGCUAAAUUAGCUUGAACCUCAGAUGAACUUUUGGGUGAAAAGUGUUGUUUUAUGGUUUUACAGCCGUUCAUUUUAGGAGUUUGAAAGAAAUGCCCCCCAGUCAUGUCGUCAUUGUUGAGUUUUUUGGGGGUUGAGGGCAGAUGCUUCACGUUGCAGUGUGGUUAGAUUUAUGUCCUUUCAUAAAAACCAUUUUUUUAAAGAUCUCUUGUCAUUUUUUUAUUUUGUUGGAGUGAGUCAGAAUGUCGUAAUUUUACAAUUUGUAAAAAAAAAAUGUAAAAAAAAAAAUGGCUACGAUUGGUUCCUGGUUUUUAAAAAAACAGGAUCUUUCCCAACAGGUCAUCAAUCCAAGGAUAUAUUUAUGCUUUCUGAAAAAUAGGAAACCCAAUUUUUAGACGAAGACAGGUGACGUCCUGUCUGUCUGCAGCGACAGAAGCGAGCUGUCUGAGUUAACCGCUAGUACAAAAAUCAGCACAACUGACGUGUGGUUUUCAUCUUUCUGGCUUGUGUCGUUGCUGAAUUUGCCUGGGAUUCCAGAUGGGAAUCCAACUCAUUUUCAGAAUGAUUCAAGCUUUUUGUGUGAGCUUGAAGUAAAAACCAUGCGACCUCAGAAACUUUCAAACACUAAUGAUGUGUAAAUGUUUAAAUCCACGGACUCUGUAGCUUUUCAGGCUCAUUGUGUGCAGUCUGUGUGGAAGGAAUCAUAUAUAUUAGAAAACACCAAUCUGUUAGUUAUCAGACAAACGUCUUGAAGGAAACUGAUUUUUGUUUUGUUUUCCUUUGCCGAAGCAUUAGUUGCUUUUCCUGUUGAUCAGUUUCUAAUGUUUGUCAUAACUCGGUUUAUGUUGCUUAUUCCUUGCUGUCUACGUUUAAUAUCCUCUGCCGCUCGCAUGAUAAUUGCAUGCGCUUGUAUCGAACAAUGUUGUGCCGACUUUCAGAUGAGACAGUUAAUGCAACCAUCAAUGUUUUUGUUUUUGGAAUCAAAUUGGUCAAAUGUGCAGAAAUACUGUCAGCAGCUCCACUAAAGCUUCACGGUAAACAUUUCACAGUUGUGUAUGCUAACAAAGUUUGGGAUUUCUGGAAGUUUUCUCGUCAAACUCCAUGUAUGCUUGUUCACGAUUGCGUCAUUUUUCCACCAACCUGUCAGCUUCUUUAAAAAGCAUGAUCAGCAUGUUAAAGUCUGCAACUAACGUGACUAGAUUCUGUGCAUUGCUCAGCUAUACUACAACCCAGUUCAGGGAUGGCCCCCUAAACAUUUACAAUAGUUCAACAUUCGAGAAAACCUCAGAAAAUGUAAGGAGGGAUUAUAGACUUUCAGUUGUAUAAAGUAUGUUUUUUCGAUGUAUUAUUAAGUCCUACAAAAGGAAAUAUUUAAACCGUUUAAUGUCCCUCUUUAGUUCAUUUUUUUAUUGCACUUUAUUUCACAGGUGCAAUCGUGUCAAACCGUCAAAACCCAAAUAUAAUAGCAGAGUUUCAUGGGUCCCACUUUAAAAAGAAAAGAGUGUCUGACAGACAGCCGUGACUCCAGUUCAAAUCCUGUUGAUUGUAAAUGUCUUUCACUUUGACAACUGCAGGUUGUUUAGUUGAACGCUCACAUUAAAUGCUAUGAAAGUGACAUUUUAGUACCUUGAAACGCAGCUUAAAGAUUAUCGUGUUGAACUUCAAUUUCUAAAAGCAAAUGACUUCUAUUUUUUUACAUGUACAAAUAAGAGAAGCGAGUGGCGUGUACUGUAACAUAGAAAUGUAAAGUCAAACUUCUAUUGGUUGUUGGUUCUGCCACCAAACAGGAAUAAAUUGUUGUAAAUAUUCCUCCAGAGUGAAAUACAGUUUUGUCACACCGAGCCUCAAUAGUGAUGAUAAACUUAGCUUUUUUAACUUUUUGUUUUUUAAACCAACUAUUUCUUCUUUCAAUAGAGGUUUAAACCCCUUAGGAAACAAUCACACCGAAAUAUUUAUUAAUAAAGUAAAGAAUUUA